AUGUUUUGCGGACUUCCAAACGUCUUUCGAAAAAGACAUGUGGAUUUGAGCGAUCAUGUAACAGCUCAGUCUUCUUCGACGGACGAACGCACUCCAUCAUACUCAAAUGCGGCAUCACCAGCUCCAAGAUCGGACACUUCGGAAGAUCAUACGAAGAGAGAACUCACACCCGAAGAAACAAGGCGCAACAUCCUGCAAGGUCUAUAUGCACAACGGAACGAGCUGCUGGACACCAUCGAAGGGCAACCCACAGUCCAGGAAGCGAGACUUCAAUUCCAAGAAGCAACCCGGAAGUUCGGCAAGUCUGGAUGGGAUGAUGAAGGCAGGCGAGAAUAUAACAGGGCGGAGAGAAGAUGUCGAAUGAUUGAGGCGAAGCAUUGGCAGCAUCAGAGGAAAUUGAAGGAAAUCGAGAGAGAGAUCUGUCAAAUGAGGCCUAAGCGCCGCUAA